GUUUUUCUGUUUUUGCCCUCUCUCCUUUUGCUUUUCUCCUUUCUCUCUCUCUCUGGGGUUUCCUCGACCGAUUCCUCUCUACAAUCCUCUUAAAUCCCUCAAAUCGAAGCCAUUCCCCAUCUCAAAUCCCCUCGUUUCGCCGUUUUUCGCGUUUUUUUCCCCUCGAUUUUUGGUGAAUUUUAGGGUUGCCGAGGCUUGGAAACCGCAUUGCGUGCGUUCGCGGGUGAAAUCGCUCUCGAAUCGUGACGAGGAUCGCUGGAUUUGGUGGAGAUGAUCGAAUCCGGGGGAGUGGAGAGGAAUUAGGGAUUCGUGGGAGCUCGAAAUCAUGCUGUGGGUGCUCGAUCUUGCUAAUCGGAGGGGACAUUGAUCGCAUUGGUGUAUGAGGGGGCGGCGUUGAUGAGGAUUGGUUUUGGGGAGGUGGAAAAGGCCGCAGCUUCACGAUGCAUUUCUCCAAGCUCGAUGAUUCCCCGAUGUUUCGGAAGCAGGUGGUUUCUCUCACCUUUCAAGAAAGAGUAAGAGAAUGGACUGAUGCAGUCACUUGAAGAAAGUGCCGAACUGUUGAGAGAGAGGUGCUUGAAGUUUUACAAAGGUUGUCGCAAGUAUACAGAAGGGCUUGGUGAGGGAUAUGAUGGAGAUAUUGCUUUUGCUAGUUCUCUUGAAAUGUUUGGAGGAGGACACAAUGAUCCCAUUAGUGUUGCUUUUGGAGGGCCUGUUAUGACCAAGUUUACAAUUGCUUUGAGAGAAAUAGGAACAUACAAGGAAGUCCUGCGUUCACAGGUUGAGCAUAUGUUGAAUGACAGAUUGUUGCAAUUUGUUGACAUAGAUUUGCAUGAUGUUAAGGAUGCCCGUAAGCGGUUCGACAAGGCUAGCCUUCUCUAUGACCAGGCACGUGAUAGGUAUCUUUCAUUGAGAAAAGGCACAAAGGCAGAUGUGGCAAAUGUCUUAGAGGAUGAGCUCCAUAGUGCAAGAUCUUCCUUUGAGCAAGCUCGCUUUAAUCUGGUUACUACUAUUUCAAAUAUUGAGGCUAAGAAGAGAUUUGAAUUUUUGGAGGCUGUUAGUGGGAUGAUGGAUGCUCAUCUUCGUUAUUUCAAACAGGGAUAUGAGUUGCUGCACCAAAUGGAACCAUAUAUCAAUCAGGUUCUAGCUUAUGCACAGCAAUCGAGAGAAAGAUCAAAUUAUGAGCAAGCUGCACUUAUUGAGAGGAUGCAAGAGUUCAAGAGACAAAUCGAUCGAGAAAGCAGGUGGUCUUCAAAUGGGUCCCAUGAUUCUCCUAAUGGAGAUGGUAUACAAGCUAUUGGUAGAAGUUCUCAUAAAAUGAUAGAGGCAGUGAUGCAAUCAGCAGUGAAGGGAAAGGUUCAGACCAUUAGACAAGGUUACCUAUCUAAACGGUCAUCAAACUUGAGAGGCGAUUGGAAAAGAAGAUUUUUUGUGCUUGAUAGCCGAGGAAUGUUGUACUACUACCGCAAGCAAUACAGCAAGCCAUCCGGGGCACACCAUUCUAAUCAAAGAGGUCAAAAUUCAUCGGAGCAUGGUUCUGGGUUGCUGAGCCGAUGGUUCUCUUCUCACUACCAUGGUGGCGUGCAUGAUGAAAAGUCUGUUGCACGCCAUACUGUGAAUCUGCUCACAUCAACAAUAAAGGUCGAUGCGGACCAGUCAGAUCUACGGUUUUGCUUCAGAAUUAUUUCUCCCACAAAGAAUUACGCUUUGCAGGCAGAGAGUGCAAUGGAUCAAAUGGAUUGGGUUGAAAAAAUAACUGGUGUUAUUGCUUCGCUGCUGAGCUCCCAGUCUCCUGAGAAGCGCCUUCUUGCCAGCCCUACAGGCAGUGGCCACCACCGUGCCGCUAGUGAGAGCAGUUCAAUCAGUAGCUCAACUGAAUUCGAACAUUCAAUAAACGGGGAAUCCUCGUUGGAAAAGAACUAUUCGAGCGGACAUUUUGAGCGCCCUUUCAGAAACUCACAACAGCACAGAUCUGCCCCAAAACAAGAGAAGCCAAUCGAAUUGCUAAGGAAAGUAUGCGGAAAUGAAGUUUGUGCCGAUUGUGGUGCUUUAGAGCCUGACUGGGCUUCUCUGAACCUGGGAGUCCUCGUGUGCAUUGAGUGUUCCGGCGUACAUCGAAAUCUUGGUGUGCAUAUAUCAAAGGUAAGAUCUCUGACACUUGAUGUCAGAGUUUGGGAGCCCUCCGUGAUCAAUCUGUUUCAAUCAUUAGGUAAUACUUUUGCCAACUCCAUCUGGGAGGAGUUGUUGCCUUCAAGUAAUGGAAAAAUCGAGAAUGGCAAUAUCGAGAGCACUUCUUGUUCAGAUGGGUUUGAGAACAAGCUACAACAUGUAAUCAUCAGCAAGCCCAAACACUCUGAUCCGAUAGCAGUGAAAGAGAAGUUCAUUCAUGCAAAGUAUGCCCAAAAGGAUUUUGUUCUCAAAGAUCGGACGGACCUGAAUCACCUUUCAGUGGUCCAUCAGAUGUGGGAUAAUGUCCGUGCAAACAACAAGAAAGCAGUAUACCACCUCAUUGUGGCUUCAAAUGCCGAUGUAAACGCUACUUAUGGAAAUGCUGCAUUUAACUCUUUAACUCUAGCAAAAGUAAUGCUUCUGCAAGAGCAGCCGAGUCCUCUAUUCGAUCAAAGAUCCAGCUGCUUAGAUAGCAGCGAUUCCUUUAAAAGUGCUUCCGCCUUGAGCACUUUUUGCCCAGUGAGCAGUACUGAGGACAAUAGUGAAUUGGAUGAUUGUUAUGAGGGCUUCUCCCUGCUUCACCUCGCAUGCCAAAGUGCUGAUAUGGGCAUGGUAGAACUUUUACUACAAUAUGGUGCCAACGCGAAUGCUAACGAUUCGAGGGGUCGGACACCUCUUCAUCAUUGUGUUCUUAGUGGCAGAAGCUUGUUCGCAAAAAUGUUGCUCUCGAGGGGGGCUGACCCUAAUGCGACUGAUAGAAAUGGUAAAACCCCUUUACAGUAUGCUGUAGAAAGUGGAACAAUCGACGAUGAAGAGAUUCUUGUUCUGUUAGACGACCCAAAUAGAUAAUAUCCAAAAAUUCAUAAAGAGAUUCAUUUGGGAAAAAAAAAAAUUGAGUUAAUUCCAGCUAGGGCUUUUGGCCCAAAAAAAAGCAAGCAUAUGGCUUUUCCCGUAAGUUGGUAGUUUAAUUAUGCCAUAUAUGGCGGUGCAGCAUAUGCUUCUGGAGCUUGUACCGUUUAAUAGGUCGGUCGCAUAUUUAUUCAGUUUGCAUUUUUCUCUCUCUCAAUAUUUUUUUUUUUCCUGUUUGCUGUAGCAUGAGUGGUGAGUUUUGUACAUUGCCUCAAUUUGGCGCUGAGUCGCCAAUUGUUCUUCUCUUGUUUAUCGUCAACUUUGAUUUAGGUGCUCUUUCGGAUAAUGGAAACUUGUACAUAAAAAUGUACCAUUGUGAGAGUAUUAGUUUGAUUUAGUAUUUGUUCUCUUGUUCUUUUUCA